AUGAGAGCAGCAUGGGCAGCCGCCAGGGAAGCUACGGACCAACUGACAGACCAAGACCUUCGUGCCCAUCUGUUCAACUCGACCGUUCUUCCAGCGCUCUGUUACGCAGCGGAGACGUGGGCAGACAUCGCUGCUACGUAUAGGAAGCUACUUACUACCAACAGAGCCCUUGAGAGAUGCCUUCUGAAGUUUAACCGGCGCACACAACAUAUAGCCGGUCUUCGCAGCUCCGACUUAAAAAGAAUGUCCUGUCUUCGCGACCAAGCGGAAUAUAUAUCGAAAGCAAAACAUGGAUGGGCCUAUCACGUCAUGAGAUGA